AUGGCGAGGGCAGCGCGCAGCAGCCGUGCGGAGCGGAACGGAGCGGAGCGGAACGGAGCGGAGCCGAGCCGAGCCGAGCCGAGCCGAGCCGAGCCGAGCCGAGCCGAGCCGAGCCGAGCCGAGCCGAGCCGAGCCGAGCCGAGCCGGCGCGCUCUGCCUGCCUGCCCGCACGCACCCGCGCCGGCCGAGGCUGUCAGACGGCGGCGGCGGUGCGGGAGCGCCGUGACGUCAGGGCGGGACGCGCCGCCCCCGCCCGCCCCCGCCCGCAGGUGCGCCGGCAGCGGCCGCCGCGGGGCUCCCGGGCCGCCGCAGCCCCGCCGCCCCCGCCGGUGGCGGGCAGCGCUCGCACACGCGCGGACCGAGCGCUCGUCCGGCGCGGACAACCCCGGCGUGGGCACCCGGCCCCCGCCGCGUCGGUCCCGGUGGCGGGCGUGGAUCUCCGUCCUCCCCGCGCUGCGCGGACCUCGGUCUCGCCUCAGCAGCCUUCCCGGCAGGGAUCGGGAUACUCGUCCCCGCGGGACAUCAUCCGCGGAAAUGAAUCCGAAAAGAAAUUGGCGGAGCAGUAAUGGGGGCACGAGAGGAAAGCAGUAGCAGAGGGAAUGUCAAUGUUGGCCAGUUUUCUGAGAAAAACGUUUCUGGCCACGCCAGCUUAUUUGGGCCUGAUCGUGCUUCGCUGAAGCACAGUUGGUAGUCAAACCCCAGCUAAUUGGGAUUCUCUCAACAAGUGCUAUUUUCUUCUUCAGUCAGAUUAUCAGUGAUGCAUAGAAAAGCACUUCUAAAUUUUGCCUGUUCCAGCCUUCUGGUGUGGCUGUUGGCUGGAGAGUAAAAGCUAGAACCCAGAUAAAUGUCAUGUACUUUAGCAGUUCAGUGUUACAAAUACUAGCAGAACAGUAAUUAGCAAUUAUUAGGCUCUGCCAGCAAAAGACUAAACAACAUGAGCAAUGUGAUCUAAACACAAUGAUCCUUCUCUGCAGGCUGAACCAGUCACUGCAUAUGUGUGCUGCAAAUUGGCACAACGGAGAUGCACACUCACAGCUCCUCAGCUGUGUGAAGGCAGCCAUGCUACAUUGGCGUUUAAUUCCAUCACAACAAACACUCAUCACUCGAGCUAGUUAGCAUUUUCAGAAGCACUUAAAGCUGUUUAUAAACUCUGUGAGGGCUUGCCAUGGUGCUCCACUGAGGCUUGUUGCACCUAAGCAAGCUGCACUGCUGCAGUCUUCAGGCACACGUGCCAUCUCAGCCUUACCAGAUCUGGGGCGAGGUACAACCCCACACGUCUGGGCAGCCAGAAUCAGAGCCAGGCCUCCAGAUCACUGAUACAGUGCAGUUCUUGGAAGUUACUUGCAGUGAAGAAAAGGAUCUGAAAUGGAAGUCCCGUGAGCGCCUUUGGAAGCAUUGUCAAAGUUGUUCAUCGUCAAGAAUAGCAAAAUAAGAAUACCUCUCUUCUUACUGGAGAGUGGGAGAUGGUAACAGCCUUGUCCUGAGCAUAAUUAGGAGGCACUGCUUUCUGACCUAGACCCAGAUGAUCAACAGAUGAGAUUUCCUACAAUGUCCAAGAGUUCUUCUUUAUAAAAGAACAAAAAGCUUGACUGGACACAAUACCAUUACUCCCACAAUAUUCUUCCUCAAACACUGUUCAUUAAAGCUCAACAGGUUUUUUGCCCCUAUGAUCAAAAGAAAACAAGAUGAUGAGCUACUAAACUGCACAGAUGCCAGCACAGCCCCAUCCCCAACUCCAGGGAAACUGAGCACAUGAAAAG